AUGGCGUCGAAAUGCGCGGCGAGGGUACCGUCUCCGCGGUGGGCGCGGUGGCGUGUCUGGGUGGGGUCGUGGGUUUCGGUCCGCCCGGCGAAAUGCGGCGCAUCGGGAGGACGUGCCGUUGUGUGCACCGCCGUUAGCUUCAGACCAUGCAUCGACAUUCACAAGGGGAAAGUUAAACAGAUUGUUGGCUCUACUCUUCGGGAUUCAUCCAAUGAUGGCAUGGAACUUGUGACAAACUUUGAAUCAGACAAAUCUCCUGCAGAAUUUGCAAAAUUUUAUAAAGAAGAUGAACUUCUUGGAGGACAUGUUAUAAUGCUUGGCGCAGAUCCUGCAAGCCAGACUGCUGCACUGGAGGCACUACGUGCAUAUCCUGGUGGUUUGCAAGUUGGAGGUGGAAUAAAUUUGGAGAAUGCAAUGUCCUACCUUAAUGAAGGAGCCAGUCAUGUCAUAGUGACCUCUUAUGUAUUUAGCAAUGGCAAGAUGAACACUGAAAGGCUAAGAAAACUUGCCAAGCUGGUUGGGAAACAGAGGCUUGUGCUGGACCUUAGCUGUCGAAAAAAGGAUGGCAGAUAUACCAUUGUAACUGACAGGUGGCAAAAGUUCAGUGAUGUGUUUGUGGAUGAACCAACAUUAGAAUAUCUCGCUGCCUUUGCAGAUGAGUUUUUGGUUCAUGGUGUUGAUGUGGAGGGCAAAAGGUUAGGAAUUGAUGAGGAACUUGUGGAACUAUUGGGGCAUCAAUCACCAAUCCCAGUAACUUAUGCUGGGGGUGUGUCAACAAUGGAUGACCUAGAGAGGAUAAAGAAAGCAGGAAAAAGUCGAGUAGAUGUAACUGUUGGGAGUGCUCUAGAUAUAUUUGGGGGAGAUUUGCCUUACAAAGAUGUUGUCCUUUGGCACAAGAAGCAAAGUAUGGUUGGUCAAGUGUGA